AUGAACUGGCCGCCAAAUCCACUAGAACCCGCCCGCACGAUUGCACCGAUUGUCCGAUUCCAACAUCAACAAAGCAUCAUGUCCGCCAUUCCCUCGAGAACCCGAUCGCUGCGCAAACCUUCAGAAUCCGGGUCCAGAAAUGAUCGCUCACAUACCUCAGAUGUCCCUGAACUAUCUACAGCGCGGCCAGAGCGCACCAGUCAAUCUCCAAGUCGAUUGCCUGUGAAACCGCCGACGCGCAAUGCUAGAAGCAUAUCAACAACAUCACGCCCACCGAGUGCCACAGGAAGCAUUGCAAGCAAUGCCUCUAUGCGCCCUCCUCCACCGCGGGCAAAUAUAAGUAAACCCACUUCGACAAGCGGACUACAAAGAUCGACUUCGAAUCGCCGUACAAAUGCCCCCGCGGCGCCAGAAUUAGAGCCAGUCAAGAAAGACCGGUCAAGACCUCCAGUUGUUACGUCUCGCCAUCUUCGAAACGCCUCUACAAGCUCCUUCUCUACAAGUGCUGCAAGUUCAAUAGGCCAUGGAGGAAAUGUCUCCAGCCAUACCCGCACGAGGUCCUCCUCGACCCUCCUAAACUCGUCCACCGCCCUCCAACCGUCCAAACGAAACUCCGUCGAAAUACCCAAAUUACAGCCCCCAACUGCCGAGCCUCAAUUGAGAAAACAGGCUUUCUCUACAUACCAGCAGCAUUUCUCUCCCGCCAAAAAUCUUGCGCCGAAACCACAUCCAGCAGCCUUCUUAGCCCCUCCUUCCCCCAGCAAACUCCCCUCGAAUAUAGCGAUAUCAGCAGAAACUUCAAAAUUGCAGAAUGAAUUGCUCCAGUUGCAUUUAUUGCAUAGAGAUGCAACUCAGGUAGAGAAGCAAUGGAAAGCUAGCGCGAAGAGGAAACUCGGAGGUCGGUUCCAUUCCAUAAUUGACAAGAACCAUGAAUUGGUACAACUGGAAGUCGAGGAGACCGGCAAGAUCAAUGCAUUGGCGUUGAAGAAAUGGCAGGAUAUGGGGACGCCCGGUUGGGGACUUGAUGAGAAGGUUCAGGUCCUUGACGAGGUUGUUACGGGGGUUUGGAAUCUAGGCGAGUCUGGUGGGAAGUACUCGAGGGUAGUGAGGAAAUUUGAGAGGUGGUUUCGGCGAUGUCAAGAUAUUUUGGAGAUGAGGGCUAACGACGAGGGGUUGGACGGGGACGAAGUUGUAUUUCUGGAGGAGCUGGACAGGGGAUGGAAGGAUGACUGUUUAGGGUUGGGUAGGAAGCUGGAGACAUGGAGAGAUCAAUUGAGGGAUCUGGGUACGCCAGAUGAUAAAGGGUCGAGUUUGAGCACCGUGGUCAACGGAACUCGGAGUCUGGUGAGGGGCAUGCUGGCUGAGUUAAGUGCCAUGGCGCAAAUUGAGCGAGAUGCCAUGCGAAUGGAGGUCGAGUGGAUUAAGAGUAUGAAUGAUGACAUCUUGGACGACGAUACGGAUACCCCAGCGGGAGCAAUUUGGAGAUCUCGGUAG